AUGAAGAAAGUAGUUAUAACGGAUCAACAUCAGCAACAACAACAACAACAUCAUCAUGAUGAGUUGACACCGAUGUCGUCAUCAUUGUCACCAACUACAAGUGCAGGUAUAUUAAAGAAAUCUAAAUCAAUGAAUUAUGAAUUAAGUCAUGGUGACCAACAACAACAACAACAACAACUACAGCAACAACAUUUAGGUACUUCUCCAACAUCAUCUUAUCAAAGAACUGUAGAUCAUUCAUCACCAUAUUCAAGAAUUAUACCAAUUACAGAUAGUAUAAGUGAAGAGUGUUUGGAUCAGAUAACGUCACUUCAACCAACCAUUCUAAUCAAUAAUCGAAGCAACAAUGUAUUGAGUAAUAGUGGAGGAAUCAUGAUAUCGCCACCAAUAGUAUCUAAUCGUAGAACUCAUAAACGAUCCAAUUCACAUGGACCACCAUCACGACCAACUCAACCAAUGUCUACAUCAAACUAUAACAAUAAUCAUGGAGGAGGAAUGUUAAUGUCAAACUUCUCACCACCAAACAACAGUCUAUUACAUGGGUACCAUUUGUCACCUCCAACAUCUCAUUUACUUCAACAACAACAUACUGUUGGUGGAGGUAAUGGUGGAGGAGGAGGAGGAGGAAUACCAUCCCCACCAAAUGUACCUGGUAAUAAUAAUAAUAUGAAUAGAUCACCUGGAUUGACAAGUGUUAGAUCAUCAUCUGCAUCUAGAACUACAUGGUCACCAAGUAGAGUAAAGACAAACAAACAUGUACUCGAUUCAAUCAAAUUAUUGGGUGACUCUCCUCCAACUUCUCAACCCAUACUAUUGCCACCUCCAUCCCCACAACAGUAUCUAUCACCACAACAACUAUCUCAAAAGCAACAACGACAUCGUCGUACCGUGUCAUGGGACACACCAGAUUCGAUUGAAACAUUGAAUCAAAUCAUCAAAGAAAAGAAGGAUGCAUUAUUAUUGAGAGAAAGAGAGUUGAUGGCUCAACAAAAAGCAAUCAAUGAGAAUAUACAAAGAAAUAGUCAUAGUAGUAGUAGUAGUGGUAGUCAUCAAGAUGGACAUGUUUACUCUGCACCUUCAUCACCACCCAAUACCAUGCCAUCCAUGUCUAUCUUAAAUGUAUCUUCUUCUCAACAACUUACUUCAUCUCCUUCUCUUGGUGGUUUACACCAUCAUCUUCAUCAUGGUUCUUCUUCUUCUUCAUCCACUUCAUCUACUUCAUCAUCUUCGUCGUCACCAUCAUCGAUUAAACACAAUCGAUCCAAAUCAGAUACAAACACACUUGUUCAACAAUUGUAUAUAAAGAAACAACAGGCAGCUGCUUAUCAACAGCAACAUCAACAACACCAACAACAACAAUAUUAUCAACACAACUCGAGUCCACCCAAUACUAUUCCAGACUCGUCGUUUUAUCCAAUUAGCGGUGAACAGACCACUGCAUCACCACCAAGUCAAGUGUUGGCAACACUACCACCUCUCCACUUGCCACCACAGGGUAGCGGUACUCUUAAAAGUCCAAAGAUCAUGUCACCUACUAGCUGUGAGGGUAGUGGAACGGGACCACGCAGUCCAAGAGGAUCAACUGGAUCGUCAACAGGAGGAGUAGGAGGAGGAGGAGAUAGCAAGAGACAACACUCAAUGUACAGUACGACCACUACCACCACAACCACUUCGACCACGUCGUCACCCAUCCAGCUGCCAACUACCCCUGUCAGCACAUAUUCACGUCGUCGGUCGGUUGAUCCAAUGCUCUAUGUCGGCGGUCUAAAGCCAAUUAAUCCAACUUCUGCAGGGUCUGGUGCAACGGGUGCACCUUCCAACAACAACAACAACAGAGGACCAAAUUAUUAUAAUUAUAAUUCUCCACUUGGUGUAAAUAGCGCCAGUGGACAUUACUAUUAUGCAAACAGCAGUAACACCAACAAUAGAUACUAUCAACAACAACAACAACACCACCCACAACAAUACCCACCACAAUACUAUCAUCCUGCUCCACCUCAAUCAAGUCCAAGACAUUAUGUCAAUAUUGAUCUACAUGAACUUGAAGAAGAAAUUGAUAAAGAGAUUCAACACGCCAUUGGUGAUAUUCUCCAAACUUCAACCAUUCAAGACAAAGUUGAUCUUUUAGAAAGAGUUAGAUGUACUGCACCUGGACCACUCCGUAUGUUGUUUGGUGAUAGUUUUAGAGAUCCAAAGGAUCAAGCUAUAGCCAACAACAAUACCACCAAUCCCUCCUCUGCCUCUGCCGUUGUUGUUAAUAAUAAUAGUAAUAGUACAGGUUCACCAUUUAUAGUACACUAUCCCAACUCUUUUGCUGACCAUUUACCAAAUGAAGCAAUGAAAACCACCUCUUCUCGAUCAACAACACGCAACUCUGUGAAAUUUACUCCUUCAACUUUUAAUGGAACUAAUAUUGGACACUCUUCUCCAUUUAAUGUUUAUCAACCAACAACAACUUCAACAUCAUCAACCAGUAUUCCAAGUGGUGGAGGUGGUGGUGGUAUUAGUAGCAGUGGCAGUAGUAGUAAUAGUAGUAAAGGACCAGAUAAAAGUAAAAGUAAAAAUAUUUCUUCAUCACUUCGAUCCUCUGCUUUUAGUCCUCCACCUUUUCCAACCACAAGACCCUAA